GCGCGAGGCGGUGGAGGCCGUGGUCAGGAGCUUCGCCAAGCACACGCAGGGCUAUGGCCGAGUGAAUGUGGUGGAGGCACUGCAGGAAUUCUGGCAGAUGAAGCAGUCUCGUGGAGCCGACUUGAAGAACGGGGCUCUGGUGGUUUAUGAGAUGGUUCCUUCCAACAGCCCCCCCUAUGUCUGCUACGUCACCCUGCCUGGGGGAAGUUGCUUUGGGAGUUUUCAGUUUUGCCCCACAAAAGCUGAGGCCCGGAGGAGUGCAGCAAAGAUUGCACUAAUGAACUCCGUGUUCAACGAACACCCUUCCCGCAGGAUCACUGACGAGUUCAUCGAGAAGAGCGUCUCUGAGGCCCUGGCAUCUUUCAAUGGCAACAGGGAGGAAGCUGACAACCCAAAUACAGGGAUUGGUGCCUUCCGAUUCAUGUUGGAAUCCAACAAGGGCAAGUCAAUGUUGGAGUUCCAGGAGCUAAUGACAGUUUUUCAACUGCUGCACUGGAAUGGCAGCCUUAAGGCCAUGAGGGAAAGACAGUGUUCUCGGCAGGAGGUGUUGGCUCAUUACUCGCACCGAGCCCUGGAUGAUGAUAUUCGCCACCAGAUGGCCUUGGACUGGGUGAGCCGGGAGCAGAGUGUGCCGGGGGCACUGUCUAGAGAGCUGGCCUCCACCGAACGGGAGCUGGACGAAGCUCGACUGGCAGGCAAGGAGCUGCGCUUCCACAAGGAGAAGAAAGAUAUUCUCAUGCUGGCUGCUGGGCAGUUGGGCAAUAUGCAUUCCUCCAACUGCUAGGCACAAAACUUCCCACAAACUCCCCACCCUCGCCGCACCCUCUUUGUAUGUCUCCUUUCUAAGACUUAGGAUGAUUUCUGUAUAUAAUUUCUCAAUUUUAUACUUUAAAAAAUAUAUGUAUAACUUCUAUACCUGGAUUCCUAUUUGCUAAGAGAUCCCUUUUCUAACUUCCAGUUUUCGGAUGUAGUCUCACCUGAAACAUCUCCAUUCCACUUUACAAGAAAGAGUGGACUCUGGAGCAUUGUUGACUCUUGGACUUCUAGAUGAAGUCUGCGAGUCAUUCUGACUGACUGUGUUCAUGUGCUUUCUCCUUCUUUUAAAAGAACAGGUGGGCUGGAUGACUGUACGCCCCAGCCUCAACCUCAUCCUUGCUUUCUGUCGCAUUCAAACAGGGUAUGUGUAAGAAGCCUUUGGCUUUGGCUUAUCUCGAGCUGGGUCUGCAUCGUAUCCUUUCUUUCCCCUCUAACGUCCUUACUCCUCCUUUGCCUCCGUAUGCUUCUUUAUUUUAAGGCUUUCUUACCUUAUUACCCAGAAGAUUGUAGAGCUAUCAUUUCUUAUUCUUAAAUUGCUGAGAAACUGCCCAGGAACAAGAGAGGAAUUAUAAACAAUUCACAGAGGUCACUAUCGAAGUUGAUUCUGAGGCUUAUCUAUACCAUUCCAGUGUGCUAAGUGGACUCUAUAUAAAGAGCGAGGUCAAGUUUGAUGCUGGCAUUCAGCUUUCCCUUUUCAUUUCUCCCCUGCUCACCCAGCUCAAUUAAGCCUCAUAUUUAAACUUCUGGCCCGCAGAGCUUGGUAGGAGAUAAAAUGCCCACAGCCUCCCACCCUGCCGCAUCAUUUUGCUCUGUGGAAGCAAUAUCUAUCCUACGUGGCAAGUAAGGGCCAAGCUCCUCUCACUUCCACUAAGUUGCUGCUGUUUAUACUUUACAUGCAUGUGUGCUACUUUAGAUUUUCAUCUGUUUCUUCCCUUUUCUCCACAUUCAUUAUUUAGCAUGACUUAGGAAAACUAGAUGAAACUGGUAUUAUGCGACUUCCUCAUUGGAACUUUGGGAAACUGCAAGAAAGGGAAGAGAGCAGUGAUCUGGUCUAUGUGUUUCUCAUAUGGUUCUUCUCCUCCGCUUUUCUCUUGGGUGGAGUAAGAAAUUAUCUGCAGUAGAACUACAAAGUUCUCCCUCAGAGAUUUUUUUUUGAAGAAUUAUAUGUAGUAAAGUGUAUUUUCCCCUUGUUUCUGUAAUCUCCAUUACACUAUAUUAUUGUUCAGUGCACUUUCUAAACUGAGUUUGGGAAGUCUAACGCUCCUGCGAUUGGACUUUCCACUUAGCGAUUGCAUUAUUUGCUUUUAGAAGUAGACUAAGAAAGAGACCAUAAUUUACUGUUUUGGGUUAGAUAGGAGCAAGAUGAAAGGGAAUUUUCUUGCUUUUGAAACCAUCUGGUGACUAGUACAUAUGGGAUCAGAAAUGAGUCUAUCCACAAUUGUAGUGGUGUUUAAAAGAGGCUUCCUUGGUUCUCUAAGCCCCGUCUUUGUAUUCUUUGGAACACACGUAGGUUGGAGUAGAGGAAGCUACAUUAAAUAAUAGGUGCAUCUAUCUGUUUUAUUGAUUGGUAUUUAUAACCCAGAAAUCAUAGGCCCUCUAGUUUCUACGGUGCUUCCUCUGGGAAACAAUUAUUAGGAAGUGUUAGUUGUGAGAAGACAUGUCCUUGAAUCUCCAAGAUUUAUCAUUUUUCUCAAUUACCCAAGAUCCCAAAGAACUUGAGAAAAAUUGUUCCCUGAUCUGUCUGCUCUUGGUGUUGAUGAUUUUACUUCUCUUUUUAGUACUUUUUAUGCAUUUUAUAUGUAUAAUUUUGUACAAUUAAAAAUAGAUUUUUGUCCAGAAUGACUGUUUCUUGAGACCUAUGUAUUACAGGAACUCUAAAAUGGCUCUAUUCCUUUACACAUACACAAAACAAGAACGUUUUAUUAUAUUUCGUGGGUGGUAGAAAUAAGAUUGCAGGUCACUAGGCAAAGGCAGCCUGCCUCCCCUUCUCCAGACAUUUAAGGGUUUUGCCCUUGGAUCCUUCUCAUCCCAGUGUGCUGGCUUCACCCAUGAUGUGGACUUAAACUCCUUUACACACACAAUUGUCAAACCUAUUUCUUCCAUUCCAAUUUAUUUUGAGCUCUUGCAUCAACACAGCAUGAUGGAAAAAUACAGUGAAUAUUUAAAAAUCUUUAAAACCUGUAGGAAAAGACAUAUAUCCAUUAAUCCCCUCAGAACAUUCCCUCUUCCUUCAAACACACUUUAUCCCAUCAAUUU